AAAACCCUAAUCCCUUGCAAGCCUUUUCACGUUCAAGCAGCUGUUUAGGUUCUGUGAGAGAGGGUGUGUGUGUGUGUGAUUUAGAGACAGAAAGUUCAAAAAUUUUGCACAGCAAUGGCUCAGUUGCAGGCCAUUACGUCCUGUUCAUCCGCCAAUCUUCUUUUCCAUGGAUCCAAGAGAGAGCCCUUUCCGCAUCAUGGUAACUUGUACUGUUCAAAGAAGCAGUCUUCGUGUCUAGAGUUAGGGGCAAAAGCGAGUGAGCUUAGCGGGCAUGCAAUUGCUGGUCACAGUAGGAAUAUUGUUCGGGCCUCUAACAAUCAUGUUAUUCAAGCAGUUUUGGCCAGUGACAAAGAGACGGAAAGUUCUAGUGCUACAAAAGGGAGAGCCUUACGUGGAAAAUUGAAUAAGGUGGUUUUAGCCUAUAGUGGUGGCUUAGAUACAUCAGUUAUUGUCCCAUGGCUAAGGGAGAAUUAUGGCUGUGAGGUUGUUUGCUUCACUGCAGAUGUUGGUCAGGGUGUGAUGGAAUUGGAAGGUUUGGAACAAAAGGCCAAGGCAAGUGGCGCUUGUCAAUUGGUGGUGAAGGAUUUGAAGGAGGAAUUUGUGAAGGAUUACAUAUAUCCUUGUUUGAGAGCUGGUGCAAUCUAUGAAAGAAAGUACUUGCUAGGGACCUCAAUGGCCCGCCCUGUUAUUGCCAAGGCCAUGGUUGAUGUUGCUAAAGAAGUGGGAGCUGAUGCUGUUUCUCAUGGAUGCACAGGGAAAGGGAAUGAUCAGGUUCGCUUUGAGCUCACUUUCUUUGCUCUAAACCCUGAACUAAAUGUUGUGGCUCCUUGGAGGGAAUGGGAAAUAGAAGGGAGAGAGGAUGCUAUUGAAUAUGCUAAGAAACAUAAUGUGCCUGUUCCAGUAACGAAGAAAUCCAUCUACAGCAGAGACAGGAACCUGUGGCACCUGAGUCAUGAGGGGGACAUUCUCGAGGACCCAGCAAAUGAACCAAAGAAGGAUAUGUACAUGAUGAGUGUUGACCCAGAAGAUGCACCUGACAAACCCGAAUACGUAGAAAUUGAGCUAGAAUCAGGACUUCCUGUUUCGGUCAACAAAAAGAAGCUCUCUCCUGCAUCUCUUCUCUCUGAGCUAAAUGAAAUAGGCGGAAGACAUGGGAUUGGCCGCAUCGACAUGGUUGAAAAUCGGCUUGUUGGAAUGAAAAGCCGUGGAGUCUAUGAAACUCCUGGUGGGACCAUCCUCUUCACCGCUGCACGUGAACUCGAAUCUCUUACACUUGAUCGGGAGACAAUACAAGUUAAAGACUCCCUCGCCCUUAAAUAUGCCGAGCUGGUGUAUGCAGGCCGGUGGUUCGACCCUCUUCGUGAGUCCAUGGACGCUUUCAUGGAGAAGAUCACUGCAACGACAACUGGAACAGUUACUCUCAAACUGUACAAAGGAUCCGUUACAGUAGCAGGUCUGAAAAGCCCCUAUAGCCUGUACAGGCAAGAUAUUUCAUCCUUCGAGAGCGGGCAGAUCUACAAUCAAGCGGAUGCUGCUGGAUUCAUUCGGCUAUAUGGACUUCCAAUGCGGGUACGAGCAAUGCUUGGGAAGGAUUGAUGUAUUUCUGGUUUUAGAUACAAUGCUGGUUCUUAUUUGCCUACCUACGUGUUGAAGGUCUAGUAAUCCCUUGUAGAAUGUUGUUCCUUCGGAAUGGCUGGAUAGCUUUAAAGCCAGUUAAUAGCAUAUUAGUACUUACUCUUUUUUCAAGUCCUUUUCUGGUUGAUAGCCUCCUCUCCCUUGCCAAGUAAUGAAAUUUAAGCAUGAAUCUUAAAUUUUCUCUUUCUAAUAGAAUUGUUAAUUUUAUUUA